CACAAGACAACACAAAGAGUCUCUCUCUCUAUAGAAAUCACAAAUCCCAUCAGCGUGCGAGAUCUGAGAUCGUCGUAUCGGUGAAGAAAAAGAAUCAAUGGAGAUCUUCUACUUCGUGGUGUUCGGUGGGCUCGCUGCGAUCGUCGCCGGCUUGGAGCUCAGCAAAUCCAACAAAGACCGCAUUAACACAUCCCCCGCCUUCAACUCCUUCAAGAACAACUAUCUCCUCGUCUACUCUCUCAUGAUGGCUGGGGACUGGUUGCAGGGUCCCUAUGUGUACUAUCUCUACAGCACUUAUGGCUUCGGCAAGGGGGAGAUCGGUCAGCUCUUUAUCGCUGGUUUUGGAUCUUCCAUGUUGUUUGGCACCAUCGUUGGAUCUCUUGCCGACAAACAGGGUCGCAAGAGAGCUUCUAUCACCUACUGCAUUACCUACAUUCUCAGUUGUAUCACCAAACAUUCCCCUCAGUACAAAGUUUUGAUGGUCGGUCGUGUUCUUGGUGGUAUCGCUACUUCCCUCCUCUUUUCUGCCUUCGAAUCCUGGCUUGUCGCUGAGCACAACAAGAGAGGCUUCGAGCAGCAGUGGCUUUCUCUCACUUUCUCCAAGGCUAUUUUCCUUGGUAAUGGUUUAGUCGCCAUCAUUGCUGGUCUCUUUGGCAAUUUCCUUGUCGACUCUCUCGCCCUCGGUCCUGUUGCUCCUUUCGAUGCUGCUGCUUGCUUCCUUGCUAUUGGUAUGGCCGUUAUUAUCUCUUCUUGGUCCGAAAACUACGGAGAUCCUUCAGAAAACAAAGACCUUCUUACCCAGUUCAAGAACGCCGCCUCUGCCAUUGCUUCUGAUGAAAAGAUCGCAUUGCUUGGUGCCAUACAGUCUCUCUUCGAAGGCUCCAUGUACACCUUUGUGUUUCUCUGGACUCCUGCUUUGAGCCCUAAUGAAGAGGACAUUCCACAUGGUUUCAUUUUUGCUACAUUCAUGCUGGCUUCAAUGCUUGGUAGCUCCAUUGCCUCUCGUUUGUUGGCACAUUCGUCUCCAAAAGUAGAGAGCUAUAUGCAGAUCGUGUUUGUGAUAUCUUCUGCAGCUCUCAUGCUUCCUGUUGUAACAAGCUUCUUGGUGGCA